UUCAUCGCUCUAGUUAACUUCUAGAUCUUCAACAAAAAUGGCCAAAGAUCCAGUUCGCGUUCUCGUUACUGGUGCUGCAGGACAAAUUGGAUAUGCCUUGGUGCCUAUGAUUGCCAGGGGAGUGAUGUUGGGCGCAGAUCAGCCUGUAAUUCUCCACAUGUUGGAUAUUCCACCUGCUGCUGAGGCACUGAAUGGAGUGAAGAUGGAAUUAGUGGAUGCUGCCUUCCCUCUUCUUAAGGGUGUUGUUGCUACAACUGAUGCUGUUGAGGCAUGCACUGGUGUCAAUGUUGCGGUCAUGGUUGGAGGUUUCCCCAGGAAAGAAGGCAUGGAAAGGAAAGAUGUGAUGUCAAAGAAUGUUUCUAUUUACAAGUCCCAGGCUUCUGCACUUGAGAAGCAUGCAGCUCCCAACUGCAAGGUGUUGGUUGUUGCUAACCCUGCCAAUACAAAUGCAUUGAUCUUGAAAGAAUUUGCACCAUCCAUUCCCGAAAAGAAUAUUACCUGUCUCACAAGGUUGGACCAUAACAGGGCCCUCGGCCAAAUCUCAGAGAGACUGAGUGUCCAAGUUAGUGAUGUUAAAAAUGUCAUCAUUUGGGGAAACCACUCAUCAUCACAGUAUCCUGAUGUCAACCAUGCAACAGUUGCAACACCAGCUGGUGAUAAGCCAGUCCGUGAACUUGUGGCUGAUGAUGCAUGGUUGAACAGUGAGUUCAUUUCUACUGUACAGCAGAGGGGUGCUGCCAUUAUCAAGGCUAGAAAGCUUUCUAGUGCCCUUUCCGCUGCUAGUUCUGCUUGUGAUCACAUUCGUGACUGGGUCCUUGGAACUCCAGAGGGCACUUUUGUUUCUAUGGGUGUUUACUCUGAUGGGUCAUACAAUGUCCCAGCUGGGCUUAUUUAUUCCUUCCCAGUUACAUGCAAAAAUGGAGAAUGGUCCAUUGUUCAAGGUCUUCCAAUUGACGAGUUCUCAAGAAAGAAGUUGGACUUGACAGCCGAGGAACUAUCUGAGGAAAAAGCAUUGGCUUACUCCUGCCUUACUUAAAUUACCCAAAUAUCCUGAAUUGCCUUUUCGACAUAUGAGGAGUGUAUGUGGUAAUAGAAGUGGCUUCAGUUUUGAAUAAAGCCAUUGUUGAUUCUUGAGGGAAGUGAUGAUGAUGGGAAUACUGCUUUUGUCAGUUGUUUAUGUACUCUAUUUUAUGCCAAAAUUUCGAGAUAGAACUGAUGUCUU